AUGAGAAGAGACUGUCAAAAUACGUCUUUGAGUGGCAACGUGGCAUCGUUGCGGGCAGCACUCACGCAGUACCGCGCGCAGCGACGAAGAUGUCGUUGCAACGGCGUUGUGCGCCGCAAUGUCAUCCGCCACUGCGAUGAAGUCGCGCACAGCGGUCGCUAUGUGAAGAUGCCGAUUUUGGAUUUGACCCAGAGCCUGCCGCAGGCUCUUCAGCCCUAUUGCCGACAAAGGUUUUUAGCAGAUGGUAUAAAUCCCCAAAAUACAGUAUUUCCGAAUCUCUUCAUCUGCGCCUCCGCCGUUCCAACUUCCAAGCUCCAACCCGUCCUCACUAGUCACUUCUAUCUGAGGGGUAAUAUGAAUAGUGAACGACAAGAGAAAGUUGGAAGAUUUGAGGAAUUUAUUGAUCAGCGCUUGAAACCUGACCUUGUUCAUGCUAUUGCUGAACGGGAUAAGGUGUUUGAACAACAAAAGAUUUUCUCCGAUCUGAGAAGGAACAUCGAGAAUCUGGAAAAGAAUAGUGUGACCAGUCUGAGGACGAUGGUCAACCUUGGUUCUGAAGUCUACAUGCAUGCUGAUGUACCAGAUACAAGGCAUAUAUUUGUGGAUGUCGGACUUGGAUUUCACGUGGAGUUUACUUGGUCUGAAGCUCUAACUUUCAUAUCUGCAAGAGAAGAAAAGUUAGCCAGGCAAAUAGAGGAGUAUACUCAAUUAAUUGCUUCUAUUAAAGCGCAGAUCAAGAUGGUUCACGAAGGAAUACGAGAACUACUUGAGCUACCAAUGUAA